AUGGACACGUCGCGAUGGGCCAAGAUGUCGCCGUGGCGUCGCACGGCGAUGGAUCCCCUCACGUCGCCUUUGCUCGGGUCGUCGCCCGGGCGACGUGAAGACGUGCGUCGCGAGGAGGCUCUGCGACACGAGGAUCACUACGUGCAUGACAGCCUGGCGUUCUCAAGCAAGGCGGCUUCCUGUAUGGGGAGCCUGGCGUUCUCCAUCAAGCAAGGCAGCUUCCUUUACGGGGAAGUGAGGGAGGGCUCAGACAAGGGCUUGUGUAUAACGAGGUGCUCUGUAACGAGGACAACACUUUCUCCCAUAAAUCUCCCUCCCUCACGUCCCUCCUCACACUCGCAGCACUACGGGCAUGACAGCCUGGCGUUUUCCAUCAAGCGAGGCGGCUUCCUGAACAGGGAGCACUACGUGCACGACAGCCUGGCAUUCUCCAUCAAGAGAGGCGGCUUCCUGUAUGGGGAGGUCCUUGAGGACUCAGACCAGGGGGGUUCUUGUUUGAUGAUUUGCUCUAUAACGAGUAUUUUCCUACACCUAUCCCGCCCUUCACUCUCCCAGCACUACGUGCAUGACAGCCUGGCCUUCUCCAUCAAGCGGGGCGGCUUCCUGUUCGGGGAGGUGCGGGAGGAUGGGCACGUGCUGGUGGAUUUCAUCUACGAGCCGCCGCAGCACGGCACAGAGCACACGCUGCAGAUCUUUUCAAAUGAAGGUGGGAUUCGGCACAUACGCACGUCUAAGGGAAGGGAGGAUGGGCACGUGCUGGGCAAUUUCAGAUUCGAGCCGCCGCAGCACGGCACAGAGCACACCCUGCAGAUCUUCCAAAACGAAGCGGAGGAGAGGGCAGUGGCGGCGAUAGCAGCGGGGUUGGGCAUGCGCUCGGAGGAGAGGGCAGUGGAGGCGAUAGCAGCGGGGUUGGGCAUGCGCUCUGAAGAGAGGGCAGUGGCGGCGAUAGCAGCGGGGUUGGGCAUGCGCUGUGUGGGCUUCAUCGUGACUCAAACCCUCGCAGAGGAUCAACAGGCACAGGAGCACUCCUUCACUCUAUCUGCUUCCGACCUCCUGCUUUCAGCUAGGCUUCAUUGCGCCACUGCUAGGGAUAGCAGCGGGGGAAAGGGGGGCGGGGAGGGGGAGGCGAGUGCUGGGGGGACAGCGGAUGCUGGUGCGCAGGCAGGGGGGAGGGGGAACGGGGAUGGGGCGGCAGGAGGGGAAGGAGGAGAGAAGAAAGGAGAGGAGGAGGGAGGGGAGCCGUUUAAGUACUUCGCGAUCGUGCUGGUGAAACUUUUAGUGGAUGAGGAGGGGGAUGGGGGCGGGGACGUGCAUUUUGAGGCCUUUCAACUAAGCGAUCAGUGCCUGAAGCUGUACCGGGAAGGAUGGUUUGCAGGGGAUGGGAAGGGGGAAGAGGAGGAGGGGGGGGGAGGCGGGGGGAGGGACAAGGGGAAGGGGAAGGUUGGGGAGAAGGAGAAAGGGAAGAGUGGGGAGAAGGGGGAGAAGGAGGAGGAGAAGGAGGUUGAUCCGAAGGUGUCUAGAAUGAGGAAAGAAGUGGUGGUGGCUGGGAGGGACACAAAGGAGGUGGAUAACGACUUCUUCCUCAUGCCGAUUAAGAUUGUUGACCACCAGGGCCCUCUCACAACAUCCUUCCCAGUGGAGAACAGGGUGAUUCUUCCCACUCAGAACGACCUGAAGCAGCAUUUGGAUCGCACCCGCUCCAAGCCAUGGGCCGACCGCCUUGCAGACUUUCACCUGCUGCUCUACCUCAGCAACUUCCUGGAUGCUUCCACGGACAUGCCUAUGUUGGCCCAGGCAGUUCGCACUAAGGAGCCCAUUAGUGAGGGACACCAGUUGAUUAUCGAGCAUUUGGCUUAA